UCUGGGUUUAAUCAUUUUAAUGAAAAUAGAGAAUCAGAGCUCCAAAGUCAAAUAGCUUUAAGAGCUCUUUUUACAGUUAUAACCUGGUUGUUAAACCAUAUAACCUAUAAUGCAUUUCAGAAACUGUGAUCCAGAGACAUCAGUCACUUAACAAGUGCAAAUGAUUCCCUGUGAUGGUGCAGGGUCUCUGUGUAAAAAUGUGAUCAUGUGACCAGUCUGUGCUUAUAGAAGGUUUAAAGUGGAUGAGUAAUGAUUUAUAAUCUUAAUAUUUAGUGUCAAUAGCUGGCAAAGUUUCUUUAUGAGUCUGUUUUUUCUUGCAAUUAUUACCUGUGACUUGUUCAACACUGACUUUAAUUUAAAAAUGUACCUCAAUUAAUACAUUCUUUUAUUUGUGCCUUUUUUAGAGGGUGUAACAGUAUGAGAUGAAAAAAAGAAAAAACAGGAAGUCAGCUAGUACAAAUUAACAUCAGCCACAAGUAGGAAGUGUAUUUGUUAUACAAGUCUCUUAGAGAAACAUGAGCUUUUACUCACUAUGUGGUUCUGUAACUCUCCUUGGGUUUUUCCUCUGUAUAUCAGAGGUAGAGAGCAUGAGGACACUGAAACAUGUAGCUGUAAAAAGAGGAGGAUCUGUCACUAUUCCAUGUAUUCAUGAAGAGAAGUACAAAGCAAACAAUAAAUUCUGGUGCAAAGGGUACUAUUGGUCUACCUGCAGUAUCGUAGCCUAUGCAAACUCACGUGGAAAUCCAUCAGUCAUUGAUCAUCCAGAGCAGAAUUUGUUCACGGUGGAACUGAACUCUGUCUCUGUGUCUGGAACGGGUUGGUGUGCUGCAGAAAUUGGGGAUAAAUGGCAGCUGGAUGAUCGUGAUUAUUUGUACCUGACGGUUAGUCAAGAUCUGUCAGUGAGCGAGAGCAGAGUGAGAGGUGAGGAAGGAGGCAGCGUCACAGUCCAGUGUCUCUACAGUGCUGCGUAUCAGAAUAAACAGAAGCAGUGGUGCAGAUUUAAAGAUGGACAAUGCAACACAGUGGGGACUGAAACAUCCCAGAAUUCAGCAGUGUACAUCAGUGAUGAUGGGAGAAGAUCCUUCAGUGUGAGGAUGAGCAGACUGAAGAAGAGUGAUGCUGGAUGGUACUGGUGCAGUGCAGGAGAUCUGCAGGUUCCUGUUCACAUCAGUGUCAGUGAUCCACCUCCAGUCACUACAUUAAAUACUACAACAGUGAAUACAACAGUGAAUACAACAGUGAAUACAACAGUGACUACAACCGCUCAUCAAGACAACACAUACACAUCUGACUCAAAGCACAAUUCAGUGUUUGUGACAUCAGUUUCCAGCCGUAAUGAAACCACUAGUUUGAACCAUUGGUACCUGGUGGCCCUUCUUCUGCCACUGGUGAUACUGGUCAUCAUCAUCUGUAUGCUCAGAAAGAAAUGUGAGUUAGAGAAUCAAACCAGGAUCAGAGAGAGGAGCAAUGACACCACUGUUCCCACAAGUAAAAAACAGGCCACUUUUACAGAUGAAGACUCCAUUAUAUACAGCACUGUGGCUAAAACCAAGCCAAAGGUUUCUCCAAAUAAUGUCACUAAUGAGACCCUCUACAGCUAUGAGGUUUACCAGUAAGAGAGGAUGACUUACUGUCCACUGGCUGUGGGGCUUCAGGGAUCUCUACUGGGUCAUGUGUCCAUCCUCAACAUCCUUACAGAUAAAAUCCCAGUCAGGACAAGGACAACAUGCCCCACACUCACUCCACAGACUUACAUCAGAGUCACAUGACCCUCCGUCAUUCAGAAAAAUAACAGU